AUGACGUUUCUUCGUGACAAAGAUCCUUACGAACCGGUUAGCCCGCAGGUGAAGGCCGCGCUCACGCGAUCGUUCAAUAAAUCAACCCAUUUACUUCCAUAUGCCACUGGGACAGUAAGCAAAGGCCGAGGUAAACGCGCUGGGCCUGUGGAAACGUCCGCCUCAGACGGAGAUGGCGAGGCUGACACGGAAGGGUUGUUUGACGCAACUGAGAACAAUGAAGAGGAUGAUGUACAAACAGAUUCGAUGAUCGUUAAGAAAAAGCAUUCCUCAAGUUCGAAACCCCAAAACAAGGAAUCAGUGCCGAAAAAGAAGACCAAAACGGAAUCAGCUACCACAUCAAAGUCCACACGUGGCCGUGGAGCUGGAAGAUCUCGCUAAUUGAUAAGGCUGGUUCGCGGGGACUACGUCCUUCCAUCAUUAGCCCCCAUCCAUCCUCCACAAUCUCCGGUUUAAUGCAUUUAUUUCUGACCUCAGAUGUGUUGUUAUCAGCACGCAGGUUGAAUCCGAACUUGUGGGCAGAGUUUUUAUCUGUUAUUCCAAAUGUAUUUUUUGAG